AUGGCACCUCGGACAGAUAAACGCAACGCAGCAAAGGCAAAGGCAGGCAAACCGCGAGCCAAGGAGAAGGCGGCCUCUGUUCGCCGAGACAAGACGAAAACCGCUGACGGCACGCCUCCCGAGGUGAACACUGAUGAGGCAUGCCCAUCGGCAGCAACUGGAAGCGCAAAGGAGGCAAACUUAGGCGCUUUCGAGGCACCCAGAUUGUUAACAGCUCUGAAGUAUCAGAUUGUCUCCAAGAAAUCCACCCCCAGCCACAAGGAAGCAGCACAGAAGCUUUUAGAUGAGUAUAAGAAUGGUGACCACAAGCGCAAAUGGAAUAUCCUUGAGUCGUUGACCAACAGAGGAUUCCAAGACUUGACAUGGACCCAUUCUCGCAGUGAAGCAAGCACUCGCAAGGAGACAGAAUCGUCGGAAGUUUUGUCAGGGAUGAUGACACGAGCGAAGAUCUUGCAACUGAACGGCUUCGAUGAGCAGCAAUUGGAGGAAGCAGAAGCCACAGAGCUGCUGGAGGACCUUCUGCAGGAAAGUGAGUCCCUGCACGAGCACAAACGUAACAAGGUGCCUCACCGCAAUCCGAGGUUAUGUCGCUACUUCUACAAGUUCAACGUUGGCACAAAGGAAGGCGAGCACUUUGAAAAGGAAGAUCGGCUGGAGGCAUAUGCGGAAACCAAAGGACAGAAGAUCAUGAAGAGCUUGGAUGAUGCCAAAGACAGUUCGGGUGAAGGCAGUUCCGACAGCUUCAAGGCAUGGUCGUCCAUGAUGGGACAUUUGAAAAAAUUGAAGACCCAUAUGCAAACCCUAGAAGACCAAGUCUUUGUGGCGGAGAAGCGCAUGCAGGCAUCAAAGCACGAAGACCUGGCUGUCCGGCAAGCGGAAUUGCAAACGGCAAAGAAGAAGCUGCAGGAUGCGUUACAAGAGCUUCGAAUGCACAUCAUGGACUCCACCACGAAGCACAAACGCACGGAUGACUGCACCAACUCAAUCCGGGAGCGCGAGGAGCUGAAGCAAAAGGUGGAGGACGCGAAAGCUGAGUGUGCUGCCCAGAUUGAACUGAGCCGCGUGCUGGCUCAACAGGCCAAAGGUUUUGCGCUUGGUGGAAAGGCUUGCCUUCUGUGCAGGGGGGAGAGCGGCAAGGCGUGCCUGCCGUGUAGUCGGAUUAGGUGGACGGCGUGGCUUCCGCCUGGAUCCUUCCUUCGACCACACGGAGGUGUCUUCGCGAUGUAUCACAAACGCGUCGCACCUGAGUAUCGCACUUCUCCAGACAAGAGAUUGCGCAGUGAGUUUGUGGACCUCUUCCUUUCCAACGCGGCAAGCUCAUCCCGUGUGUCUCGCCUCGCACAGGCAGCGCAUGAAGCUGGUGUCGUUGGCAUGGAGGAGUUGGCACACCGAAGCAGAGAGGAUUCGACCAACAAGGCACGGGAUAUCACAAGAAUGGCUCAUCGAUAUAAGAAAUGGCCGAAAGUUUACGAAGCCACUCUCCGAGGACGCACCGUGGCAAAGGAAGAGGAAGUCCAAUGUCGGUGUUCCAUGCUAUUGCCUCAUGAGUUUGUCUACGUUCUGUGCCAGCACAACGACCUCAGCACACUGCUGCAAACACAAGAAGCGUUGCUAGCCAAACGCCCAGAUUUGACACCACACCAUGUGGAAAACACUCUCUGGUUAGGUCUAUGGCAGAUGCCACUGGCUCGACACGAUGGCUCCGCCUUUGGCUACUCCGAUAGUUGGCGCAAGAGUCGCGCAGGCAAAGUCAUUGGUGCCCGAGGACGCCUCGUCGAACUCAGCGCUGAUUGGAGCAUGUUUAAGCAGGUGCUGGGCCUUCCGGGAUGGCAGGAGACUGGACCCUGCUGCUGGAAAUGCGGCACCAGUCGCACGUCCCUGCAAGACGUCGGUCCCCAUGCUGCAUGGCGCCGUGACAGGUUAAGCCAUGCAGAGCUUCUGCAGCGCCAAGCAGACCAUGCGAAAUGGACCUCGACAUUCUUCGACAUCCCUCACGUGACCGUGGACACCAUCAAAAUCGACUGGCUUCACGCAGCAGAUCUUGGUGUGAUUACAGAUUUUUUGGGUAAUUUCUUCUGGUAUCUCACCAUGUUCAAGGUCAGUGGUGGCAUGCGCCACGGCACGCAUCAGCAACGAUGCGAAGAGUUUUUCAACACAGACAUCAAAGGGUAUUAUGCUCGAGAGCGCAUCGAAGAUCGGAUCCCUUGUCUCAGGCCAACAAUGUUGAAAAAGGAUGGUGGGAGCUAUAAGCUCCGAGCCAAAGGUGGGGAAACCCGAGGCUUAAUUGGAGUAAUCCGCGAAUUGAUUGCAAAGUAUCUCGAUGGAGGCGUGCCCCUCGAGCGAGCCAUGGGGCACACCGGACAACAAGUGGUAACAAUGUAUGCAUGCUUGUCGCGCACGAAUUGGUGCCCAGUCGUUUUCGAAAGCGCAAGCAUAGCGUUUAUGAAAGGCAUGGUGUGGCUGGAACGCUUCCAUCAGAGACAGGACGAUCACACGUCUUGGCGACUGAAACCCAAGUCUCAUCUGCUGCUGGAGCUCGCUCGUGAAGGCACGAAUCCGUCGUUAACGUGGUGUUACCGCGAUGAAUCAUGGGGUGGGGAAGUUGCUGAGCUGGCACGCCGCAGUGGUGGUGCCUUCACGAUCCUGGCAGUCUCCCGCCAGAUGUUGUUUCGUUUCCUCGCUCGGGAAUCGUUCCCCCGUGUCUAA